UCUUUUAUCCUGUAACGAGAACAAUAUAAUCCAUGUGCCCUAGAGCCACAUGAGCCUAUAAACCUGAGCUAAGAUUUUGUUUGUGUCAUUUUAGGGCUUAGUGACUUUCACAAGUGUGGCCAUAAACUCCCAAGAUGAGUGAGGAUGGCCGAAUCUUGCCCAGGAGUUUGUACAGGAAGGUGAUACUGGACAACUACAGGAUCCUGGUUGCAGUGGGUCUCUGCAUUUUUAAAGCAGAUGUCAUCCUGUUACUGUAUCAAGAGAGGGAGCCGUGGACAUACAAGGAGAGGCAUCCAGAGGUCCGGGCCCAGAGUUCUGGUCAGCUGGUUUGGAGCUGUGCAAGGAAGCCAGCUGAGCCUGAGCAGAGAGCGAGGCAGGAGACAGGACUCUCCCAUAGGUUCUACUGCAGUUUCUGCUGGGGGUCUUGUCCUGAUUUCCCUCCAUGACAGACUGUGACCUGGAUGUGUAACUGAAAUAAAUCCUUUUCUCGCCUAAGUUGCUUUUGGUUGGAGUGUUUUAUCACAACAAUAGAAAAGCAGGAUAAGUAAGCAUCUAAUCUGAGCCAAAAUAAGUUAUAAAUAGUCAUUGGUGUUUCUAGAGAUCAAAGGCAUAGUCAAUGAAUUGGAAAACUACAUCUAAUGCAAUUAAAUAUGCACGUCUUUAAGAAAACAUAUAAACUGAGGACAAA